UUAAACUAGUUCCGAUUUGAACAGUGCAACUCUAGUUUUUUUUUUAAUACAUAUAUGUUUUAAAAACAUAUGCGGAAUCGGGCAGAUAAAAAAGCAUUAACCGAUUGCAAAGGAUCAAGGAUAAGGCGACGUUGACUGCGACUGCGACGCUGACUGCGACAGAGCGACAAUGGUGUGCAGUGCGUGUGCGUUUGCGUUUGCGAGUGUGUGUGUUUUGUAUCGUGUUGUCUGAUUGUGUGUUGUUGCCGUUGCCGUUCUUGUUGCUGUUGUUGUUGUUGUGCGUGUGGUUGACAAACGGACAGUGGGACAAAACGACAGUGGAACAGUGGAGUCAACCAGGAGCAGAUUGCAACAACCAUCGCCAUCGCCAGCAAAGAAACAAUAGCAAGAAAAGAAAAACAAAAACAAAGACGUCGCAGGGACUUCCAUGUCGCCAAGUGUGGGCCUUUGAUGCCUCCGAAGGACUCCCGAGGAAUCCCCAUACAGCCAGGACCACCAUGCUCCCCAUCAGCGAGGAGCAGCAGCUGCAGCAGCAGCAGCAGCAGCAGUUACAGCAACACCAACUGCAUCACCAGCAGAUCCCCGAGGAUCUGGAGCAAAUGGAGCCCCAGGUGGGCGAUGGCAGCCUGUGGACCGCCCUCUACGAUUACGAGGCCCAGGGCGAGGAUGAGCUGACCCUGCGGCGCGGCGAGAUCGUGGUGGUCCUGUCCACGGACAGCGAAGUGUCCGGCGAUGUGGGCUGGUGGACUGGGAAGAUCGGAGAUAAGGUUGGCGUCUUCCCCAAGGACUUUGUCACCGACGAAGAUCCACUCCAACUUAAUGUCUCCUCCGCCAUUGGCGACAUCCAGCCGCAUGAAAUCGAGUACGAUGAGAUGGACAUCAAGGAGGUCAUCGGUUCGGGCGGCUUCUGCAAGGUUCAUCGCGGCUUCUACGAUGGCGAAGAGGUGGCCAUCAAGAUUGCCCAUCAAACGGGCGAGGAUGAUAUGCAACGGAUGCGGGACAAUGUCCUGCAGGAGGCCAAACUCUUCUGGGCCCUCAAGCACGAGAAUAUUGCCGCCCUGCGUGGCGUGUGCCUGAACACCAAGCUCUGUCUGGUGAUGGAGUACGCCAGAGGUGGCAGCCUAAAUCGCAUACUGGCCGGCAAGAUACCACCCGAUGUCCUGGUCAACUGGGCCAUUCAGAUAGCCCGCGGCAUGAACUAUCUGCACAACGAGGCGCCCAUGUCGAUCAUCCACCGCGACCUCAAGUCCUCCAAUGUCCUGAUCUACGAGGCCAUCGAGGGCAAUCAUCUGCAGCAGAAGACGCUCAAGAUCACGGACUUUGGUCUGGCCAGGGAGAUGUACAACACGCAACGCAUGAGCGCGGCGGGCACAUAUGCCUGGAUGCCACCAGAAGUCAUUAGCGUUAGCACCUACUCCAAAUCCUCUGAUGUUUGGAGCUAUGGUGUAUUGCUUUGGGAACUGAUUACGGGCGAGACGCCCUACAAAGGCUUCGAUCCUUUGUCCGUAGCGUACGGCGUGGCUGUCAACACGCUGACCUUGCCCAUACCAAAAACCUGCCCAGAGACCUGGGGUGCACUGAUGAAAAGCUGCUGGCAAACGGAUCCGCAUAAGCGACCUGGCUUCAAGGAGAUCCUCAAGCAGCUGGAAAGCAUCGCCUGCUCCAAGUUUACGCUGACGCCUCAGGAAUCCUUUCACUAUAUGCAAGAGUGUUGGAAAAAGGAGAUCGCCGAGGUGCUCCAUGACUUGCGCGAAAAAGAAAAGCGUUUCCAAACCAUCGAAGAGGAAUUGCGCAACAAGGAGGAGCAGCUACUUCGGGUGCAGAACGAACAGCGAGAGAAGGCGAACCUCUUGAAAAUCCAGGAGCAAAUUCUGCACGAGCGUGAAAUGGUACUGAUUGAACGGGAGCUGGUCAUGAUGCAGCCGGUGCCAUCGAAGCGCAAGCCCAAAAAGGGCAAAAAGAACAAACCACUGCAGAUUGGGCUGCCCACGGGAUUCCGGCACACCAUUACGGCCGUACGCGACAAGGCGGAGCAGCCGGGAUCACCCUCGUUCUCCGGAUUGCGCAUCGUGGCACGAUACCAGGGCAACAGCAAGAUGGACGACUGGCGCCCGGGGGCCACCAACAUGCCCAUUAUGUCGCCAUCGCCAUAUCUCCUCAGCCGUUUCACCAGCAACGUUCCGCUGCCGACGCUCUACGCCGGCGAUUCCGCCCGCAAGCCGAAGCUCUCGGUGAUCGAACUGCUGCUCUACAACAUGGCCUCCCUGUUGGCCGGAGUGGCGGCCGGAUACGAUGUACGGAUGUCGAACGUGUCGCCAGUGCAUCCCACGUUGCUGAGCGAGGUGCCCGCCCUGAAAGCGGCUCCCAAGGCGGUGGUUCCCGUUUCCGUUUCGGAGGAGGUGGAGCCACCUCAAGCGCAGAUCCUGGAACUGGAGGUGGACGCGCCAUUUAAACAGCAGGAGAGCGAACAGCAGGAUCUCCGGGAAAGCACGCCCAGGAAGAUGAGCAGCCAGGCGAGAUUUGGUGGCAUUGAAUCAACGGGAAGCAAAUCCCAGCCCACUUCCCUUGCCCGCCGAAUCGGCGGCAGUCAGCCGUACUACACGCCCGUGCAGCGGACUCCUCAGCACCAGAUGCACCACCACCACCAGCAGCAGCAGCAGCAGCAGCUCCAGCAGCAGCACCACCACCACCACCAGCAGCACCACCAACCCCAGCCAGUUUCAUCCGCGGUGGUGACCACAGUGGCUGGCCCCCAACCACCGGCCACCGGAGUGAGCGGCCUCUUCGCCAGCACCCAGCCACCGACGCCAUCGCGACGUCGCAAGCUGAGCAACAGCAGCUUCGGCAACCCGAAUCCCCAAGCGGAUGCCUUCGAGGAGUUCCGUGUGGGCGGUGGCAUUGGUCCACCGCCUCUUUAUGCGCCAGCCGAUUACCUGAGAAACGGACCGAGCUACUCCAACGAUGGGGGCAACUACCGGAAUGGCUACUUCGGCUCCAAUUACUUUCCCUACCGGCCGGAGUUGAACUACAGCUACGAACGUGACUGCAAAUCGUAUCCGGACUAUUCCUACGACUAUAACCAUCGGCUCCCGGAUUACUACGACUACCAGUACGAGGCGCCAGUGGUUCCGGUGCCCGUUUCCGUUCCCACAACCGUUCCCUGUCCGGUCAACCAGACCCGCACGCCACCGCCGCGGGUGCCCCAAAUGGGCGUGAGUGCGGCCGGACACCGACGCACUCCAUCGACCGUUUCCAAUAACUCCAACGUUCUGCUGGAGCACGAAGAGCUGCUCUGCUACGAUUACAACAAUCUGAAUUUGAAUGCGGACUACGAGAGGGAGCGCGAGCGGGAGCGGGAGCGGGAGCAAGUGCCACCGCCCACGAAGCAGGAACUGUAUGCCGGAUCGCCCAAGCUGCUGAAUCGCCUCAUCCACAGUCCGUUGCCCAUGACCAAGAGCAAAUAUGCGACGGCGGCGGUGACGCGACCAGCCAGUCUGCCCUUCGAGCAGCAUGCUCUUUCGCUGGGCUACCAGCAGCCGGCAACUGGGGGCGUUUCACUACCACCACCACCACCACUGGCUGGCCAGUCCAAGCUGCGCAGCUCGUUGAAGAAGUACAAUGGUGGGGGCAAUGGUUCCACAUCCUCGCAGCAAGGCACACCCACAAAUCCCACGCCACCGGAUUCGCUGACCAGCGACGAUAGCUCCUAUCUGAGUGCCAAAGAGGGUUCCAUUGGCUCCCAGCACAGCCGGGUGCGAUUCAGUCCGGAGGCCUAUUUGGAUGCCAAUCCUCUGCCCACAUUGGGACGCCGCAUGACGGCUCCGGCGAUGCAGUUGCCCCAGCAGCAACAGCAGAGACGACAGGCCUCCAGCGGUAGCACACCAUCGCCAUCGGCAUCCUCCUCCUAGCAGACGCGACUGGCGCUGACCCUCCAGUUGGCGCGCAGUCCCGGAGCGGACAUCGGAAGCGGUAGCGGUAGCGGUAGCGGAAGCGGAGGCAUCGGAGGAGCAGCUGGACUGGCUUUGCAUCAGCAGCGGGUGCCCUAUCGCUGGUACUCCGGAGCGAGGCGAUCUCGAUCGGCCCACUAUGAGUACCGCCUGUGAAAGAGCAGGACAGGCUCAAACAUACAAGUGAAAAAGAAGGGGAUGCAAAUAGAAGAUGGCCGAGAUCGGAGGAGCAGUUGGAAAUCCAGAAAAACAAGGGAAAAAAAGUGGAUAUGCAGAAAAACCGAAGGAAUCGGGCAGAAACAAAUGGAUUUGCUUAAAAAAAAAUAUAUGAAAUCUGGAGGAUAAGCCAGUGGAUCUGCAGAAGAACUAAGGAGAAGCAUCAACUGGAAGCUUCAAUAAAAAGCCAAGGAAUCAGGUUGAGCAAAAAGUGAAACUGCGGAAAUACUACGGACUCAGCUGGAAAAAUAAUUGGAUUGGCGGAAAACCACAAAAGUAGACGAAGGAGCCCAAAGAUCGAGAAGAGAAACAUGUAUUUAAAUCGAAGGAGGUUUCAUAACCACUAAAAUCGUCAGAAGAAAAAUGCAAACAAAUCCAUAAAGCUACAUUUAUGGGCAAACAUUUGAGUAAAAGCAAUACAACUCAAAUCACAAAGCUACUUUCAAUUUAAAAGUCAUCUUCAGAAGUAAAAGAAGCAAUUAAAAAACAUAAAAUAAGAUAGCUGCAUACAAAAAACAAACAAAAUUCGCAAGCUGAAUAUAUAUACAUAUAAAAAAAAGGUCGAAAAACACCAGAGAAAUCAAAUGGUUUUCAGGAAGAAUCAGAACAUGCAUAUAUCAAAUGGAACCGAACGAAGGGAAACCAGCGGAGGAAAAACCAAAAACAUUUUGAGCAGCAUCAACAGAGGAGCGUGUUUUUUACCUCAGAUCAAAAUCAAGAUCUUGUAGAACUUGAAAUCAAAGCAGCUGUAUAUAAACGUAGUUGACAAUUUGUUCACAAGCAAGUAAUAUAUAUAUAUAUAUAUAUAUAUAUAUAUAUGAAAUUUAAUGUUAAUACUACUCAAUAGAUAGACAGAAAAACAUAUGCAUAAUAUAUCAUCGGGGUGUUCCUAAGACAUUUGAAGAUUUCCGGAGAUCUUUUUCUGUUCUCAUUCAAUUGAUGACAGUGUUAUACCUCAAAGAAUCUUUUUUGGAACUCAACUUCUGGGGAAUACGAAAUCUGCAGAAGUUUUGGAAACACACCGCCCGACAUACACACACCCUCUUCCUUAGCUACCCUCUAAACACAACCCCCAACUUGCGCGAUUUGCCUUAAAAGUAGAGUGAAGACUUCACUAGUUUUGCCUGAUGCCGGAUUCCAAAACAAAAAAAAGAAAACCACUCAUCGUAACGAAUCCCAAUCCCUCGUAUAAGAUUAACGAUAAAACGAUUCAACUGAUGAACAAACAGUUUGAUAUAGCUAAUAUACUCCCAUUUAUGUAUUAUAUUAUAUAUAACUAUAUAGACGAAGGCCUCCAAUUGCGUUCUCCGAUUCAGAUUAAGUGCAGCCAGCUAGCAAGCCAUCAAUAACAAACAAAAAACAACAAUAAUAAUAAUAAUAAUAAUAAUUAGUAAUACUUUGUAAUUCCGAGGACACCACAUCCCAAUCAAGACACACGCCAGCCGUAAGCUCCAUUUUUAAGUCUGACAAAAUGUUUAUAUAUUCAUAUAUAUAUUUAUAGACACUUAGAUAUAGACCGAUAUAGAUGCGUUAACCCAAACCACUAGCUCUGAAUUGAAUAACAGUAUAACUCGAUCGAUUUACAACUACUUAUAAUGGAUAUAUACGAGUAUAUAUUAUAUACAUACACACAUAUAUAUAUAUAA